UCCAAACAUGGCCGCUCGCAUGUGAAUGUCAUGCCACUAAAAUCCUUCAUGUGCAUGAGUUCAUUUCAUGUGUAAUUGGCUGGAGUGGAGGUUUAAACGUAAAACUGGUCUUACGGAGUUUUUACUUUAUCCAUUAAAGUUAGUCACGCAUUGGUAAGUCCAGAAUUGCCUCGGAUCCGGAGAUCGAGAGACCAGCUUACUGAACACAUUAGCAAACCAGUGGCUCGCCACCCGGUCAAUUGAGAUGGAUUCUGACCAGCAGCUGAGAAACCUGCGGGAUUUCCUCUUGGUUUACAACCGCAUGACUGAAAUCUGCUUCCAGCGCUGCACAAGUAACUUCAACUACAGGAACCUCACAAUGGACGAGGAGCGCUGUGUGGACAACUGUGCUGGGAAGCUGAUUCGCACAAACCACCGCUUGAUGGGCACGUAUGUGCAGCUGAUGCCUCGGAUGGUGCAGCGAAGAAUGGAGGAGAUGGAGAGCAAGGCUGCAGAGUAUGCAAAGGCAGCCGAGGCUGCAGCUACACCUGGAACCAUUGGGGCUGGAGCCGAAGCCGCACCAUCAAUUCAGACAUCUAUAAGUUCAUCCCCACCUACUCAGAUAACCUCAUCAGUGACUGAAGUAGCACCAGAAGUCCAUGACUCAACCUUAAAACCAGCAGCAUUAGAAAUUCCAGCAGGAAUAGGAUUAUCAGCUAGCGCACCACUUACACCCAGGACUGAUGGUGUAAAUGUCUCAGAGCUUAAAGAAACUGGCUUAGGAUUUCCUCAGCCUGCUUUAUCUGGAAUCCAGAAUGACUUUGGCAGCCCUAAAGCAUCACCAUGACCAGAAAAUGGACCAAAAGGCAGAUCCUACAGGGUCUAAAUCAUGAGGCCUGACAGGCCAAGAGAGUCAAUAAUCAAAGAAGUCUUACCGGUCAAACUGAAAUCUCUGUCCUCAAGAUCCAGGAAAAAAAAUCUUUGAAAUGACGAGGAUCCCAACAGUUGUUGAUUAUUUUGACAGAGUUCUAUUCUCUUUUUAUUAUUUUUAUUUGUUAUUAUUUUUUAGAUUUGUCUUGUGACUGCAGUCAUACACAUGUCAUUUUUUAUUUUUAUUUUUAUUUUAGAUUAAUAAAUAAGUAAAGGAUUGCUGAGGUACAGUUUCGGGAAGUGUGGGGGGCUUAAGUUGUUUUCUGAUUAAAAUCUAAAAUCUAUAUGGUUAUGUGCUUUACUGCUGAGGUCCCCAACCCAGGUCCUCAGACCCCACUGUCCUGUAAGUUUUAGGUGUUUCUCUGCUUCUUUACACCUGGCUUAAAUAAAUGGGUGAUUAACAGGCUUCUGCAGUAUCUGGAGCUAUGCUUCAGUCAUACAUACAUACUAGUUGAUCCUAUUUAACAGACAGUGCAGUAGGUUUAGUUUAUUAUUAAAAUUAGCUUAAAAAGGUUUCUAUUGAAGAAAAUUAUUUACAUUUAAUUAAGUUAACAGUUGUGAAAGGUAAUGAGGUAAUGUUGGUGCACUAUGAUGUGUCUAAAAACAGUGCAAGUUAUAAAAUAAAUCAAAAUUUUUCAUGUAGCACAUUACGAAAUAAAGAUUGUUAUAUAUCAACAUUCAGGUUUUCAGCUCUGUCAGUCAUGAGAAAUUAAAGUAAUCUGAAUUACAUCUGAAGGCCAUCUUGCUGGAUGUUCUAACAAAGCUUCAGGUCUGACUGUCAUGAUUGUGAAACGAAGUCAUGACCUUGGUCACAUCUGCCUCCUCACAUAGUUUCCGUUGUGUUGCAAUCAAGAUGAUCUCACAUAGCAUUAUCUACUACUCUCAUCUGUUACACACUAUGUCUACUGAUGCUUUGAUAAACUGAGCUUUUCAACAACGGCAAAGUUCAACAAGAAGUUGAUAGGACUGGCUAAAAGAUCAUUAGUGAUGCUUAUAAUUCUGUGGUCAACAGCAGGCAGUCGGUUGCAUUCUAAAAAGCUUGAACAAUUAUUUCAUCAAUGGAUAUAAUGGGACAAAAAUGGAUAAAAUAAAAGGCUACUUUGUCUCCACUCUAUACAAUUAAGAUACUACUAUAAACUUGCAAUUUGUCUGAACUCAUAAUGAUCAACCCACAUUUUUUGGUAGUUUUCUUCAUUGAUCAUUACAUGUCUAUCACUAACCACAACCCUUAUUAUCUCAGAUGUUUGUUAGCUGGACAUUAAGGUAACUUAGAGUACACCAAAUGAGUUGAAUAUGUUAUAAAAUUACACCAUGACUCUUGUAAAUAUAAUAUCCUGCCACAUAUUGCAGUGCUCUGAGUUUGAUGUAUUGCAGUCUGAUGAUUACAACUCUACUUCCCGAAUAAAAGCAAACUCUGGAGAAACACAAGGAAAUAUUUAUAUAAACUACAGCUUUUCAUUGUCAAGUAUUUCCCAUCUUGUUAUGUGAUUAUUUCCUGCUGAUUUCUAUCUUUUAUGCCAUUGUUAUUUGCAUUACAUAUCUACAAUUUUCUGUUUACCUCUGUGUCAAAAUGUUUUCUUGUCAGACAAAAAGGUGUGUAAUCCGUUUUGCCCCAUUAUAGCCAUUCACAACAGGUGAUGGAUGGCAUAUUGAUAAGUAUCAUGAUCAACACCUUUUUGAGCCUAUGCCACAAAAAUAAAGGCAA